ACAGCUGACUUUCAAUUUGCCGCGAAAACAUUUAUGGCGAGAAUUCAACCUACUACAUUUCCCCGUGAAGCCAACAGUGCAAAGCAAUAAUGGAUUUUUUACACAUUUCCAUUGACGAGUGGCUUUUGAACGAAGAGGAAAAUAUGAAACGCCUGCAACAUGAUGCAAUUUGGAACAAAAUCCCGCUCAUUAAUACCAAUGAAAUUCACAAUUUUAAUAAUGGAACUCUGGUACGUUUUCGCGGAAUGAUCCAGGAUAUGUAUGGCCCGGAGUAUUAUAUGGAAACAUUUGAGGUCAGAAAUGAAGCAACAAAUGAAAUUACAAGAGGCACAUCUAAAUAUAUGGACUUGGUGAGUUGUACGGAAGGUAUGGAUGUAAGGUUCAUUGAAGAUCCCAGACAUACCAGGGAAAGACAUUGUUACGUAGCUACAAGUGUCCCAGGCCUAAAUAAAUGGGUACAAGACUGCGAGAGAACACAAUUCACAAUUGCUGCACCACCAGCAGCAUCGUCAACAUCCCAAAAAAGACCUAUAGAUGAUGUCAUGGACGUCGAUGGGGAUAAUCCAAGUGGAAGUGGUUCUUUGCCCAAAAAAGUAUCCAACAGUGGUAGUUGCAAGGAAACACCUGCGAAUCCCCUAUGUUCGAUGGAACACUUACUAAAUCACCCUUUAGGAGAUGCAAAUGCUAAAGUGUGCCAUUUGAAAGUUUACAAUGAAUCUGACUCAUUAAAACUGAAUGAUGUUUGCGAGUUUGUGGGAUUUUUGAGCAUAAAUCCUUUAAUAGAGUCAGCACUUGCCGAUACAGAUCUGGGAACUGAAUUAGAACUUCAAAUUCAUCACCCACCUACCAGUGUAAUUCCAAGAAUUCAUGUUGUUCAUUUCAAGGCAUUAAACCAUUUAAAUCCCUUGCUCAGUGAUUCAGAAGUUAACAACGGCCUUAAUUUGGGAGCAAUUAAGAAAGAUCUUUUAACACUCUUGUCGCAGCUGUUUAUGGGAGAUGUUCUUGCUGCAGAAUAUUUAAUUUGCCAUCUCAUAUCAGAAAUAUACUCGAGACGAGAUAUACCCUUGGGAAAAUUUUCCCUAAACAUUUUCAAUCUACCAAAGUUGGAGAGUAUUGAUGUUGUCACUGAAAUUUACAAAUUCCUAGAGCGAUUAGUGCCUGCAAGUCACUAUUUACCUUUAACGUUGGAGAACAUGAACACUUUGUCGUUUACACCUAAGAAGGACUACGACUGUAAUCGUCUGACCAGUGGCAUACUACAGUUGAGCAAAAAUACCCAUCUGGUAUUGGAUGAAACUAAGCUUCAAGAAGGAAAACUGAAUACAUGUGGGAUCCAAGCUGUGAAAACUUUGGCCAAUGCAAUUAAAGACCAAAAGGUGGCUUACGAUUUCAACUAUUAUCCCAUUGUAUAUGAGUGUGAUAUUCCAUUUCUAAUUCUAUCAGAAGGAAAAAGCAUGUUGCCCUCAGAUGUGGGUAUUCCACUCGCACCGGAGGAAGCAAGCAUUAAAACAUUUAGCGAAAUACUGCAAGCCGCCGACCACUUUUUAAACCCUGAAUUGCUGACCAACAUUCGAAAAUAUUUAACCCAGGCUCGAUUAAUAAAAUAUGACAUAUCCGAAGAAGUUCAGGUUGUUAUUCAGGAAGAAUUUGUGAGGAUGCGACAGAACAGUAACAUUACUGCUGAGGAUUUACAUGGUUUAUUAGUAUUAUCCAGAUUAAUCUGCCUUUCCGAGGGAAAUGGUACGUUGAAUGUGUCUUGCUGGAAAAAAGCUUGUGAAAUGGAGGCAAAGAGGAAGGCCCGGCUGCCUAAAUGAACACUUAGUGAAAUAUAUGAGGUUUUGUUUGUCAUUGUAUUUAUAAGUACCUAGAUUAGAGAAUCAACAUUUUUUUGUGUACAGUUUUCAUACCGUAUUUGAGUACUUUUGAAAUACAUACAUUAUCUUUAUUGA